CAUUGUUUAUGUUUUUCAUUUUUCGCAACAAUGAUGCAAAGAUUUCCAACGCAGGCGACCGUGGAGAAUCCACGUUAUGGACAGCUGAUCAUAGGACCUCCUGGUUCUGGGAAAACCACGUAUUGCGCCGAGGCCCUUAAAUUCUAUCGCGAACUGGGCCGUCAGGUGGGCGUGGUGAACCUGGAUCCAGCCAACGAAAACAUGUCCUACGAACCGGUGCUCAGUGUGAUGGAGCUAAUCACUGUGGAGGAUUGCAUGGAGCACCUUAAGCUCGGACCAAAUGGAGCUUUGAUGCACUGCGCCGAGUAUCUGGCCGAUCAUCUGGAGGAUUGGCUGUUGCCGGCACUGCGCAAACUGGGCGCCACCCACAACUACUUCCUAUUUGACUGUCCCGGGCAAAUUGAGCUAUAUACCCAUCACACCGCCAUGGCACGAGUUUUCGAGCGCUUGGAGCGUGAGAGAUAUAGCCUGGUCACCGUUAACCUCAUAGAUUCGCACUACUGCUCGGAGCCAGCCAAAUUCAUUGCCACUUUGCUGAUGGCUUUGAACACCAUGUUGCGGAUGAGUCUACCCCACGUUAAUGUGCUUUCCAAGGCCGAUCUGCUAAAGAAACACGAGACCAAGUUGCACUUCAAUGUAGACUUCUAUACGGACGUCCUGGACCUCAAGUAUCUGCUGGACAAACUGGACGACGAUCCCGCCAUGCGCAAGUACCACAAGCUGAAUGCAGCCAUCUGCUCCAUGGUGGAAGAUUACGCCCUUGUCUCAUUCCAACUGCUGGACGUCUUCAGCACGGACAGCAUGCUCCGCUUGCGCAAUCACAUUGACAAGGCUAAUGGAUACGUCUACAAGGCAGGAGAGGAGCAGACUGUCAACUCACUACUAGCCUGCGCCGUGGGUGCGGAAUCUGAGGCCGCUCGCAUGGAGCAUGAUGUCCAGCCCUAUAUGGAAUAAAAGCACUUGGAGUAUCAAUGAAUAGCCUGUGAUAAGACUGCCUGCAAAGGAAAACAUGCGUUUGAUAAAUAUAAAUAAGCAGCCAAGUGCUUUAUAUGUAGCUCUAGAUUUUAGCAUUCAUAUUAUUUAUUAAAAGGUUU